CAUGUGUAGUGUCGGUGUGAGGAGAUGUCUGUAGAGAUGGUGGAGCUCUCCGUGAAAACACCGGAGCCGGUCCGGCCGGCCGGGAUCCUGCAACAGAACCGCGUCUUCCUCGACUUCUUCUGGGACUUGGCCAAACCGGAUCAGGAGGUCCGGCUGAAGGCGGUGGAAAACCUGAUCCAGUACCUGAAGACCAACGAAAAGGCAGAUGAGUUGGAUUACACCUUUAAAAGGCUGGUGGACGGACUGGCUCACACACGAGAGGCCGCGAGACCUGGAUUCAGCCUGGCUCUGGGACAGGUCUUAAGUGCUUUUGGAGACGUUACCCUGCAGAGUAUACUCGACAGAAUCAAAGAAAAGUACAAUGUGCAGACGGUGAAAAAGAAACUUUUCAGAAAUGCUUUGUUUGGAAACUUGUUUGGCGUCCUCGCACUUCAUCAGUCUGGUCGCCUCUCUAAAGAGCCGCAGGUGGUGCUGGGAUGUGUGCAGCUCCUGCAGAGCCUCAGUCAGCGCAGACAACACCUGAAGGACCUGCCCACUAAGACCAUGACGGACAUCCUCAAUGAGAUCCCAGAGGCAGUGUUUGAGGAGGUGCUGCUGAGCUCUUUGCAAACUGAACUGGCAUCAGCGUUCAGUACUCCGGAGCAGCUGCAGCUGCUGCUGGUCGCUCUGCAGCGUUUCCCACAAACCCUCAAACCCAAGAAACUCAAGAAGCUGCUGGGCUCCUCGACCAUCAUCAACGCCGACAACAUCCCCAAGUUGACGGAGGUGUUGAAGAUGGCAGCUCGCUCGGUGAAGAAGGAGUGUGUCCUCCCAGCUGUGACCCUUGACCUCCUGAAGCUCUCUCUGAAGGAAGACAGUUUCCAGCUCUUCUGGAAUAACGCCAUCAUCGACGGCAUGUUUAAGGAGCCUCCGGGGCCCGCUCAUUACCUGGGCUUCCGUCUGCUGGGCAGCGCCCUGCCGCUGCUGUCUGAGGCUCAGCUGAAGGAGGUUUUGUCUGGAGAGGUGAUGAUGCACUAUGGCGAGCACGUGGUGUCUUCUCAGAAAAAGGAUCGCUUCAAGCUGUCCCCGGAGAUGGACACCUAUGUGUCGGACUUCCUGCAGGGCUGUCAGGAUGCCGACAAACAGCUAGCGGUGAUCAUUGGCUUCUCCUCGCUGACCAACCAGGGCUACCCGGUGGUGCCGUCGGUGUGGAGGGUGGUGCAGCACCUGCAGCCUGCAGCUCUGCAGCAGUACGUGGAGUGGCUGAAGAACAUGUUCCUGCAGCCGCAGCUCGACAAACUGCUGGACUUCAGCACUCGCAAGCAAAAGGACAAUCAGGAAGGAAAGGAACAGAGGGAGAACCCCGUGUUCCGCCUGAGGAAGUGGAUCGUUUCUCGGCUCUCCUCGAUCAUUGACAACCACCAGGUGAAGAAGCAGGAGGAGCUCAUCAUGGAUGUGGCCAGGUUUGUCUUUUUCCACGCGUUCUUCAGCUCCAAGAAGGCCUCAGGCGACAUCCCAGAGACGAAGGGGAAGCUCUCUGUCCCUCUGGACGAUAAAAGCAGAGAAGUGCUCAUCAGUUCUUUCUUUGGACUCCUCCUGUCCAUGCACCACCUGCCUCUGACAGAGGACUCGGCCGAAGGCGAGGCAGUCAACCUAAAGCGUGUGCAGGGCGUCACGGCCGAUGGCACCAUGUGGAUCUACCACCUGGUCCAGUACGCCCAAGUCCUCCUAACCCAGACAAAACACGUCCAGAGGAGCCAGCCCUUCAGCCCUGAGCAGAGACAGGCCUGGGACAGCAUGUUGGAGUCGGUGGCAAACCUGAAGAAGAAAGCAAAGAAAGGCCAGACUGCAGAGACGAUCGCGUUCCAGCAGCUCUUCCUGUUGGUCGGCAUGCACCUCUUUAAGGCUCCUGAAGAGCUGCUGGACAUCAUGAAGGACCUGCAGAGCUGCAUGGACAAAGCUCAGGAAAAAAAGGCCAAGAAGAAGAAGAAACAAGCCACACAGCAGGAGGAGGAGCCUGAGUGGGUGGAGGUGAUGGUGGACAUCUUGUUGUCUCUGCUGUCCCAGCCGAGCCGACACAUCAGACAGGUCUGCAGGACGGUCUUCUCGUCCAUCUGCCCGCAUGUUACUGCAGCGGCCCUCACUGCGAUCUUAGAUGUCCUGGACCCGGAGAAGGAUGAUGAGGACGCUGCUGUGGUCGUCACUGACGACAACAAAACCCAGAAGAAGAAACCAAGUGAGGACGAUGAUGAGGACGAUGAAGAGGAGAUGGAGGAGGACGAGUCUGACGGAUCAGAUGAUGACAAUGAUGAGGAUGAAGAUAAUGAGGCCAUGGAGGAAGAGGAGUCAGAGGAGGAGGAGGAGGAGGAGGAGGAGAUGGAACAGGGAGAGGUGGACCAAAGCUUCCGUUUGGAGCUGAUGAAGGUCCUGAAGCAGCAGAACGCUCUGGCCACAGAGGAGGACGGCAGCAGCGAUGAAGAUCUGGACGAUGACGCCAUGAUGGAGCUGGAUAAGGGCCUCGCAGCGCUGUUCUCAGAGCAGAAGAAGAAGAACCAGGCCAAGAAGGAUGAGAAGUCAAAAAUACAGAAAGAGAAGAUGCUGGUCCGAGACUUCAAAAUCAAGGUGCUGGACCUGGUUGAGGUGUUUGUGGCGCGGCAGGCUGGCAGUCCUCUUGUUUUGGGUUUGGUGGAGCCUCUUCUCGCCAUCAUCGACAGAGGAAUGACCUCCGGCAGCGACCAGCAGGAGCAGGACUUCCUCCGCCGAGCUGCAGGCAUCUUCAGGAAUGAGUUGUGUAGGUCCAAGGUUUACUGCAGGACCGCCGGGGACAGACAGGGGGAGCUCCACGACCUGCUGGAGAAACUGAUGACUAAAUCUCAGAAACUGUCCGACUCUUCAGUCUGCCUCUACUACUUCAGUGCGUCUCUGUAUGUGGUGAAAGUGCUGCGAGGAGCUCCACCUGCUGAGACCAAAGAGGAGCAGACAGCUGACGGAGCUGCAGCAAAUGACUUGAGAUUCAUGGGCAACGUAGAUGUGGAUCGGGUCUCCAAAAUCUUCAGUGAGGCUCUGAGCUCCUUCCUGGGCAAGAGGAAGAGCCCUCUGACCGCUCAGAUGUUCACAGACUUGUUCACCAGAUUCCCCGUUUUGUGUGUGAGGCUGUUGGAUACGGCUAUGCAGCACAUCACAUCUGGGGUCAGAGUUCACCAGCAGGGCCAAGCGUGUGUGUUGGUGUUGCGGGCGAUGCAGAGCAGAGAGGUUCAGCAGCUGCUGAGCAGCGCUCUGUGGACAGAGCUCUGUGUGAAGGUCUCAGGUCAGCUGGUCGAGAGUCUUCAGCAAGUUGGUCAAACUGACAGCAAAGUGGUGAAGGAGAAAGUGCUGAAAACCCUGGAGCUCUGUCAGUUCCUGGUCAAACACAUUCACUAUCAGAAGCUGUCUGUGGACCUGGAGCCCCUUCAGAAGGUCCUGCAGCCUCUGACCAGCCUCAUUGCUUUCAAGAAGACCGGCAAGCUGGAGGACACCUACUGGGCCGUUAUGAAACACUUUGGAGUCACGAAACCCAAAGUUGAAAAAACAAAACCCGACAAGCAGGAUGGCCAACAGCAAGGUCCCAAGAAGAAGAAAGGUUUCCUGCCAGAAACAAAGAAACGCAAAAAGCGCAACAAGCCUGUUUUAGAGCCAGCGGCGGCGGCAGCGGACAGCUCAACCUCCAAAGACAAACCAGCAGCAGACAAAGGACAAGCCAAAAAGAAACAUGACAAGAAAACAAAACAGAAACGACCGGCCGAUGGCGCCACAGCCAGUCAGCCCAACCCUGCCAAGAAGAGCAAGACGCAGCCCGAGAGCCAGACAGCCAAGAAGAAGAAGAACAAGAAGAAACAAAAACAGAAGAAAGAGGGAGGAGGGCAGACGUAAAGUGGACACUGCUAUUUAAGCGUUUAUUCCCUUUUAAAUAUGUUUUCUCGUCUGUUAAUUUUUCUUACUUGACUGUCCUGCGUGAACAAUAUGAAGAUAUCAGCAUUUCAGUGUGAGAUAUUAUUAUACAUAUUGAAAUCUUUAGAUUUGUGGGAUGUGAAUCAAGAUGGAUUAUUUUUCUAAUGUGUGACUGCUGUUAGAUUAGAAAAACAUGUCUCCAACAAUAAAUCCAUUUCUCUUCUUGGAAAUCCCUCAAAA